UGGGAGAAUCGAUGCACCAAUGGGCGGACAGGGUCCUCAGCUUAGCGAUACAUGCUUUCACAUCUGUGCCUGCACUUAUUCAUGCUUAUUGUUAGGCUAUGUUUUGCAGUCGAGAUUUGUACGCCCUGGAUGGUAGACCUAAGACUGUGAAGGAAGCUGUGGACAGGAUGCAAUACUACCAGCAUUCCCGGCAUGGAAAGGGAAGUGUGCUAUUUAUUUACACUCCACCUAACAGGGAAGUUUAGGUUUAAAUACGGAAACCUAUCCAAGCAAGAUUUAUUAUCGGAUGUAGUCAUUAUUUAUAAACUCUGAAAAUUUUCAUUCUCGGGGAUGAUUUUGUGUGAUCUGCAGGGGUUUUGAUCGUGACAUGACCAACGAUUAUUCUUUUGAAAUGGAUCAGGAACAAGACGACUCGUGUCCAAUAUGUGCUUAUAAGUUUUCCACACCAGACAGAGUUCCGAAAAUCUUGCGUUGCUAUCACACGAUCUGUUGUCCGUGUAUCGACAACAUUAUCGCCUCCACUCCAUCAAAUCCAGAUUCCUCCGUAAAGUGCCCAAUCUGUAGGCAGGACUUCGUCAUUCCGAGGAAUGGUGUCAAUGGAUUUUUCACCAAUUAUUUCAAAUCCGCCCCACAUCAAGAAGAGACCUGUGACGUAUGUGGUGCCCUUGAUAUCCGAAAGCUAAAACUCUGUAGUGAGUGCAACAGCACCCUCUGUAGUGCGUGUCAUAACAGCCACCAUCACCAAGACAAGAAAAAACACUGUGAUAUUGACGAGGACAGUGACGAAGAAACUAAUGGGCGUGACUUGCGUCUACUUGGUAACACUUUCCGCAGUUCCGUGAAGUCCGCUUUCUUUGGCUCUCUCAGCACGUCAUUCAAAUGUAAUAAUUUUGAACGUAUUAGAAAGAUAAUUCCUGAUGAUAAAAACGAGUGUUGGGUUCUCACGAACAGACCUUUCGUGACAAAGUUUUCGCGUAGUGGCAAGGAGAUGUACAGAAAAUAUGUCGAAAAUGUUCUUCAAGACAUUGCUCAGUUUAGUGAUGGAACACUAGUAUUAGCCUUCUCCAGCGGCGAAAUUCUGUUGUUGAAUGGAGAAGAACUGAGGCAGGCGAUAAACACCGAGAGUGUUCCAACGUCAUUAUACACGUACGAAGACGGUCGGUUACUGAUUGCUAUCCAGCCUCAUUCUGGGAACACCCAUAUGAAUAACAGUGGUCUAAUUAUGACUGAUCAAAUGAUGAAAAAGAUCCAGCCACUUGAUGUCAAUGUUGAUUUGCGAGAAGUCCCGUCCAUCACCGUGAACGAGAAAACGGGGCAGAUUGCUCUCUGUGAAACGUCUAAAAAGUGUGUUUUUUUCGUAGAAACCAGUAAAACGUUCAAGUACCCGAGAAUCAAGAAGUACACUGGUCAAGGAGGGCUGAAAAGACUCGAGCAAACGGAGGACCGCAUCAAUAUCACCUCCAGUAAUCAUUUCCACCCGCGGUCCAUUGCAAGGGACCAAAACGACAACAUCUUUGUUCUGGACGCGGGCACUAACCUUAUCCACGUACUGGAUGAAGAGGCCUCGCUACAAUCCAUUGUUUUAGCAAAUCUCUCUGGAAGCAUAAGCUGUUUUAACGUAGAUACACACGAGAAUUUGUGGAUUGGCGACGUUUCCGGACAGAUUAGAGUGUUCAGACUAGAGUUUCACAACUUCCUUGGACCAGAGGAGAAUUCACAUGGAGCUAUCGAAGGCUUCUCAUCACAUCUGUCGGACAGUACCACAAGAGUGUCAUUAGAAGACCUCCGCAGAUUGGGGUUAAUGAGAGUAACACGAUCGAGUGUCGGGGAACUAGAGCUGCCAGGUUUGGAUCUUGGGGGUGGACUUGAAGGCCUGCUGCGAUCACAGUCGGGAUCGAAUCGUGAGGAUGUGUCUCGAAUUCGUGAUAAUUUCAUCAGGAACGUAUUCUAAUAUCAGCAACGUAGAACUCCCCCUGCAUAUAAGAUACUCAGUGGCGUAGCUAGGUUUUAAAUAUUUGUAAACAGGGAGUCUGGGGACAUUUUUCGUAUGUAAUCAAAACUUAACGAAAAUAUUUUUAAGCGCGUGCUUACAGUGCUACAACGUAGCCACGCUACUGACUACUGGUCUAAUAUCAAGAACAAUUAUUUUCAUUUCUGUGUGAAUUCAGUUAUUCACUUAAUCAUUAAAAUGCUUUCUUUGUUCUUUUAUCGGGUGACGAAGGUACCAAAGUAGCAAGCAUUGCAGAAAAAUUCGAACCGCGUUUACAACUACAAGCAGGUUAUGCGAAUCUUUUUUGCAAAGAUUGCUUCCUCCAUCACCCGACAAAACAACAAAGAAAGACAUUUUAUUGUUUAUAUUUAUGUUUUUAUGUAUAUUUCAUUAAUGUAAACUAGAUUUAAGUACUAUGAUAUCAUAUCGUUGACCUAUUCGUUACCUUAUACGUAACAGCCAAUGCACCCUUUGACGUUGACGACGCUCCACAUUUGGUAAUAAUCACGCGAACAACUGGGCUCCGUUCAAGUUCGUAGCGGCUACGUAGGGCUCGGUAGCGCUACAAUCUUGAACGAUGUGCUAGGCUAGCCAUACGUAGGGAUAACAAGCGUUAAUUCAUACAGUGCGUUCAAUAUACCUAGAUAUCUAGCCUAGCAGCUACGAUCUUGAACGUAGCCCUUGAUCGAAUUAGUUUGCAACAAACAUGCAUGCAUUCAUUUUCAUAGAUGAGAGCAAUGUCGAUUUCAAAAGAUAUUCAGUGAACUUUUGAUAUGCAUAAUACAAUUACCAGCUGCUUCAAACGACCAAUGACAUUUUGUAUCAUUUAUACGGAGUGUAUUGGACCAGAACUGAACAGGCAAAAGAAUUCAAAACAUUAGAUUAAAAUUUCUUUUUGCAAAAAUAUUUUCAAUCCACCACGUAAAGGACCUCACUGGAUAACGUUAACGUACGUCCAACGGAUAACAAAAUUGUCAAUCCGUUCGUCUCCGUUCUUUUAAUUUGCGUUUCUUGUCCAUUUCUCUUUCAGUCAACGCGUCCAUUGUCCGGCGAAGUUUAGUCUAUCUGAACCGCGCUCGAAAGUGACUGCGGAGUCCGCUUAGUGUGCGUUUUAAUCGGAACUCAUGCGUUUCUUUUCCUGUACUUGUCCAGUUUACAUCCGUUAAUGUCCGGUGGACAUGUGUCACAGCCGGACUACUACUGGACAUGCAGCAGGUCAACCGAAGUAGUAAUACACACCAACCGCAUGUUUACGGACAUGAAACUGGCGAAUAACGGUUGUCAAACAGGGGUCCAUGGAACUGGUACAAGUUCGUUCGUCUAACGUUGAAAGAAUGUUAUAUCAGUUUCUCAAGCGUCCGGCCCACGUUCGUUUAACUCGGAUCAUUGUGCGUUAAUCAGACGGUAAUCUUUCCAGAUUCAGACAGGAUUUCUACAGGUCUGUGAAUUUCUUCCCCAGCAUUGUCAAUGACGGGGAAGGAGAUGGGGGUCCUGUGGCCUUUCCUCGUACUCUACCUUUCCCCUUCCCAACAUUUAUAGACCUUCCUUUUGGAGGCAUCAUGGAUUGAUUGAUUGUAUCUUAUUCAACGUCCCUCACGAGAAUUUUUCACUCAUAUGCAGACAUCAUUAAUACCUGUGAAGAACUUCAAAUCUAGGCUUAUGGCGCUUACAGCCAUUGAGCAUUGAGGGUUCUUUAGCGUGCCACACCUGCUUUGACACGAGACAUCUAUUCUAAGGUCAUCUCCGAGGACCCGUGACAUUCACACCUGAUGCCAAGCGUUUGUUGAUGGAACUGUCACUACCUGUUUUAACGACUUGGACCUGUUGCGACCGAGAUUUGAACCCCGACCUUCCGCAUGCGGGGCGAACGCUCUACCUCUAGACCACCGCCGCGGUCGUGGGAAUAUGUGAGCGAGGGUGAUGAUACCUGUUUUGUCUGUCGCAUGACCGGUACAAGUCCGUUCGUCUAACGCGGAAAGAACGUUGUAUCAGUUUCUUAUGCAUCCCACGUUCGUUUAAGGAGGAAUGCAUCUGACAAGGCAUGAUUAAAGAAAUUUGACUUAGAUGAAAAGUGGAGGAUAUAUACAAUAUUUCUAAGUUGAAAUUUUUCAAAUUUACUUUAUUUUGUCAAAAAAUACAGUUUUAGUAGAAAGUAUUCUGAUAUUUUUUUUUUUUAAAAACCCUGCUGCAUAAUUUGAACCUGCGACCUACAUUUCUAGUUCUGUAGCUGGUAUGCUAAUCUACUAAGCUACUCGGCCAGGUAUUUAAAUCGAAAAGGAAAAGUCAAAUGUUGCUUUUUUUCAUCCAUGUUUUAAAAGGAAGUCAGCCAUUAUGACGAUGUGGAGUACAUCCUUAACCCGGUACUUAUCCGCUAUUCAGACAAUAAUAUCCGUUCUCCCUGUUCUGUCACCAGCGGGGUACACAUCGAAAAAAGGGAGAAAAUCGGGUCCUCGAUAAUUUAUUUUAUGUAAAAUAUCUAUAGACAGCACAUGAAAAAGAAGAAAAUACCUAAUCUUUAUGCUACCAUAUGAUGGCCUAUUUCUGCCACCCCAUAUCAGAUAAUCAUGUCCACAAGUUAGUUGAUUAUAUUAACUCCUCAGGUGAUUUUGUCCACUUGUCUAAUAAUAAUAAGGUUUUUUUUAAAAGUAACUGUUAAAAUGCGUUCACGCCCAAAAUGUGCCAUCCACUUGAAAACAAUGAUCUGGCAAGCCGACAUGAAGAUCUGACAAGUCUACAAAAUAUUCGAACAAGUCGACUUAUCAAAUGAUUAUGUUGACUCGUCAGAUAAACAUGUCGAUUUGUUAAGAUGGGAAGUAGAUCUCAGUAAAUGACAUUAGCAUAUUCGAAUUAAAAGAUAAUGAGAAAAUAUGAACGAGGAUUUUUUUGACACAAGUUGACAAGCGCAUCUGACAAGUCGUCAUAAUUAACUGACUAAUGGACAUAAAUAUCGGACAAGUCAACAUAAUUAACUGACUAAUGGACAUAACUAUCGGACAAGUCGACAUAAUUAUCUGACUAAUGGACAUAAAUAUCGGACAAGUCAACAUAAUUAACUGACUAAUGGACAUAAAUAUCGAACAAGUCGACAUAAUUAUCCGACAAGUGAUGGCAGAAUGUGCCACCAUAAUACAAACAACAUAAGCUUGAAUGAUUAACGAGUCGGUCGCUUGACGAAAUUUACAACAUAUCUAGUCAUUAUUAAGAUACACGCUGUCGUUUGUUGUAUCUGUAGAGUCGCUUAAGUCCUUGAGUAUUUUCUCUUAUGUGUAUAGUCAUGCUUUGCUGUUUGUUAGAUGUGUAUCAUAAUUCACUAUAAAACACUUAUUCCUGUUGCAUGAUAACAUUGUAAUUAUGAUAACUUUGUAAUUAUGAUAACUUUUGUAAUUAUGAUAACUCUUGUAAUUAUGAUAACUUUGUAAUUAUGAUAACUCUUGUAAUUAUGAUAACUUUUGUAAUUAUGAUACUUUGUAAUUAGAUAUAAGCGAGGACCUUUGCGGGCUUAGAGUGUGUGUUGUCCAAUACUUAUCUGUAUUGAAUAAAAUAUUUAUAAACUAAA